AUGAUGCGUCGUAUGACUGCAACUGCCGUGGUUCCGCUCAUACCGAGAGCGCAGAGUCGUGCCACAAGCUGUUUCACUGGGAAUGGCGAUAAUCGGAACGGCAAUAAGGCCGGAAGAAAUGACGUUUCCAAGGGGCCGUACGGGGGACGACCGUAUGAUGAUAUCGUGUCCAGUGUUGAUGUGGAUGGGGAGCGGCUCCGAGGGUCAGUGAGUUGCACCUUGAAGAAGGCGCAAACUGGGCCGUCCAGGUCGAAGUAUGUACUCUCAGAUGCGCGAGGAGGGGUGCUACGCGAGUGUGGGACAAAAACUGAGGCUAGUAAUGAACUGGGCCGCGAAAACCUAAGGGAAGAAAAUAAGAAGGAGGAGCGGAUGCUUUCGAAAAUAAAGAAAAAGUGCGACGUCAUCAGUCAGCCUAAGCGGAAAACCUUUAUCCUUACGAGCAAUUUUUCUAACCGAUAUGCCAUAGAAAACGAUAACAAGAACCAUUCUGAUAACGAUGAAGAUGUUACUCGCAUUUACAGCUAUAACGAGGUGGAGCAGGCGGGUAACAAGUGCCGUCCGAGGCAGGGGGAUGCGACAUUCUCCAAAUCAUCUCCUUCACCCACUGUGGGUGUAAACUCUGUCGUCAAGCGCGAGAUGAUGAGGGAAAGAAGAGGGAAGGAAAAACAUUGUGGCGAUUCGGCAGUGCUCUCCGAUGCUGGCGCGGUUGCGGACCGGGGUCCCGGAUGGGGGAAUGCAACAUCAUCUGAGAACGACAAGAUCACCGAGAUGCAAAGGUACGAAGGAUAUGUUGGCAAGAGAAGCUCUGGUAGCAUUGUAAAAGACGCUGAUGAAUCGCACUUAAAAGACAACGGCUACGAAGAAGACGAUGAUGAAUUUGCGGCCAGCUCUGCAGUUUCUGUCGACAAGUUCAGAAGGGUAAAGAACCACCCCUUUUUCGAUGACUUGCUGCGCCGCAUCGAAAAAAAUGCUGCACGGCAGCGGCAACAGAUUAGGGCAGCGGGUCAUUACAACUUAGAUGCCGUUAAUCUGUGCGUACGACCUCUAUUACAGCUCACUGACUAUCCGUUCACCCUCGCAGAGUUGCAUCAAAUGGCCCCGUUCAUAUAUCCCAAUCUUCUCAAGGGCUCUCUGUCGGAUUUAAAGGCGUGUCGCCGCCUUCACCUGUUUCACUCAGCCGAUACCGACGUUAUCCUAGAUUGGUCCGUGGAGGAUUUUCUCCGCCGACGAUAUGAAAGUAUUCACCUUUCGUGGGAACCUGUAAAGAUAGUCAUGAUGAGAUUUGGGUGGGACCAUGAGAUCAUGUCAGACCGUGAUUGUCUUCUUUAUCUUUCCAAGUUUAUGGAAUACAUCGAGCUUGCACAGCUAGAGCUAAGCGCAGGAGACGAAAAGCCUAGCGCCGUCGCUAUCGAGGAUCCUGUGCGGACGGCGGAGCAGCGCCCCAUCCCCGUGUCACGACUUUUGGUGCGACGUAAACCGUCCGAAGAAACGGAGCCAUCCGUAACUGAAGCGAUUAGGCUUAUGGGUACCCCCGCGCUUUGGAGCCCUUCAAGAUCAAAGAAGGCGAGGACAGUCGACAAAGAAAGCGUUGAGGGCGUAUUUGAGUGUAUCCAACGAGAGGCUGCAGACGUUGACGGAGACGAGGGGUCACGACUACGCCACGGUGUGGAGGUGGUUGCACCCUUGCAACAGGCAAGGAACCCGUCGGGGCGCAGCAUCAGGGAUUUCUCACUUGGCAAAAGAAGAGCCACAAUGAUUAAUGAUGAUGUCCCGAAAAGUUUUGGUAUCGCGGGAGGGAAGCCAUUUGAUGGCGACAACCACAUCUACACUCCGGAAUCGUACGAGGCACUCAGCAAUGCUUAUCACAAAAAAAAAGUGGAGGCAUCUUUGCUGCGUCGUCGCCUCCUUGCAACGAGCAGCAUUGACUGCGCUAGUGAGUUGCAGGAGAAAUUGUUUCAAGUGCAAAAAGAUCUCUCUCGCCUGAAGGACCGCCUGGAAAAGAUGCGGCAGUUGCGCCGAAUGGAAGGGGGAGAUGUUGAGCGUCACGCUUCUGUGGAGAUUGAGGGUGAUGAUCAUGGUGCAAACGCUCGCUGGAUGGAAAGAAAGAACUGUCCGAUCCCAAAGGUUGCAGCAGCCGGAGUGGGGGUGGGGGAUGAAAUCAGUGCCGGUGAUGAACCUGUUUCGGUUUUUACCGGUGAGUUCGAAGCAAAUCAACUAAACACAAGCCAGCAGAGGGGAAAAAACUGUAAUGUCGCUGGAGAUAACUUCGAGGAAGAGGGUUUCACAACGCUACCGGUGUGUGUGGCUGAAAAGGGUACCAAACGUGUGGUGCAAGCCAGAUUGUCGGAUGGGCGUGAAAUCCAAUCGUUAUCUUCAGCGGCGAUCCAACUGAAGCGAGAAAUAGAAUUAGCCCGUGAAAAGCACCGGCGGGAGGAGGAGAGUCUCAUGAAAAAAAUGGAUGAGGCUUUGUCGACACUAGUCAAAAUAGAGAUGACCAUGAAAAACCUUGCUGAGCGUGAAAAGGAGGAAGCAUUGAUGGAGGAGGAGCGAUGCCGACUGGAAAAAGAGCGAAAGGAUGAAGCAAUCAAAAGGAUGAGACGAGAAGAAGCUGAAGCGCGUGCUCGAGCCAUGGAGCACGAACUUCUUCGUAAGCACGAAGAACGCUUGAAACUCCUAAACAUGCGGCGCGAGAAGGCACAGCAAGCGCAGCGUGAUGCAGAACUCGAACUGGAGCGUCAAAAAAAGGAAGAACAGGAGGCCUUGGAGGCUGAGGCCGAACUUCAGCGGAAACUGGAUGAGGCUAAAUCCAUGAUAUGGAGUGACAAAGCAGCGGGCGAGAUGCCCGUUAAGGACCAAGUCGUACAUGCUGUUGAGAGGGAGUGUACCCCCGUUUUCUCCGGCGACGCAGACGGUGAGGGCUGCUGUCGUGUUGCAUCAGAGGAGAUGAAACAUGAAUCGGCGUCGCUAUCUUCGGCAGAACAAGGAUCACCGUCUGAAUUAUCCUGCACUCCUGAGCAGUACGACGGUUUACACCUGGCAUCCAAGCGGUUGCGGAAGGAAAUUGCCGAGCUUGAGCGUCAAAUGGACGUUGAGGGAGAUGAGGAUGACAUGACGCUUAUGGCGGUUCUCGCGGUUUCGAGGGCCGAACUGGAGGAGUUAGAUGAAUUUAUCCGCAUGGUACAACUUAAGGAACCGUGGGCCACAGCGCGUGACAGAGCUCGAAGGGAAGAGGAGAUGAAGGAGGCGAAAAGCAGGGGUGACUCGCCCUGCGAUAUACAGGAAAAAAUAAGUGACAUCCGCUUCCAGAUUACCUUGAUGGAGAAGCGGCUUCAGCAUGCCACGGAGCGUCGGGUGAUAACGAAACUCGAACAGGGAAUCAUCAAUGGGAGACGAGAAAUUAAUCGUCUGCGGGUGGAACAGGACCGGCUGCGCCGUUCGGGGAGGCCGGCGGAUGCUGGUGGCAUUCAGGUUCCCCCCUUCGUAAGUGUUGCAGAAGCAUUGGCUGAGGCCGAGGCCGAAGAUAUCGAAGCUUCCGCCGUUGCCGACGACGAUCUCUAUCGUGAGGCACUGGAGGCUCCCGUUGGGGCGCAUGGAUCUGAUAAUGUUGCUUCUGUUGGUGGAAUGAACCGCCCGCAACCGGGUAAUGUUUUGGACCCCCUUGUCCCCGCCGAUCAUGUUACGGACUCUGCUAAUGACAACUCUGCUGAGUGUGCGGAAAGCACGCCACAAGAGGAUGAGAGGGAGCUGCAGCAGCUAAUGGUUCGGUUGAAGGCAGUGUUGGCAGAUAUCAAGCAACUGGAAGGACGCCUUGACGAGCAGGAAGAUGGGGAUGAUGCCGAAGCCAUCGCCAAAUCUCUCAUUCAGUUACAAGGGAAGUUGCAGCAGCUCCUCGAAAUGCGCGAAACGCUUAGGAAGCGCACGGAACGGGUGUCUUCGAGAGGGAAAUCAGAUUUUCGGGGGCCUGCUUUUGACGAAUCUGAGGAGGCGACUACGACGCCAACGCCAGCUGUUUUGACCCCGUUGUCCGGUCGGCCAAUUUCAGGUUAUGCAUUAUAUAAAGACGUCGGAGCCGUGCGUUCAGGUUCAGAAGAGUUUAAGCAAAGCGGUGCCGCGGGAGGGAAGAAGCAACAGAGGGUGAAGUCAAGAAAGGUCCGCAACUAA